AUGAUCAUAGCUUACUAUGAACAAGAGUAUAGCAAACGUUCAACAGUUGAUAAAUUCGAAAUAGAGCCAAAACAACUUAGAGAAUGGAUUAGUAAAAAACCAGAGCUUAUGAAAGUUACACCAUAUGUUCAAAAGUUAGCACCUGGUGCUAAAUCAGGCCCGAUCCCAACAAAAGACUGUCAGUUACUAUAUAGUUCAAGCGAAAGCUUUUAUGAUUAUUUUUUAUCUUUAAUUGCCAAUAUGGAUGAAACUGCUAUAUCUUUUAAUAUGACAAAUGCCACCACAAUUGAAGAAAAAGGAACCAAAACUAUAUCAAUCGCAUCAACUGGGCAUGAAAAUUCAAUGUUUACU